AAAGCGUCCUGCGGUUAACGGGUCUUUCUGUUUAAACGUAAAUGUUAUCUAUGAGUUAAUCUUUUCUCUAUAUUAUAUUUGGAGCACAUUUCAUUGUAGAUUACUUAUUUCUAAAUUCAAAAAAUGGAUGAUGUGGAAGUGUGUAGUAAAGUGAAUGGGGGAAAAUCUGUUGGAAAUUCGCCGGAUCAGUUUGACAUACAACUUUUAUACAAUUCUUUGGAAAAGUGUUGUGCAGAAAGUAAUGCCUUGAAUAUGGAAUACUAUCUAAUAGCUUUCAAAGAAUUAUACAGGUUUUUUACUCUUCUUGGCUCUGUAUUUGGGUUUGUGGCAUCAGAUAUCAUCAGUAAAGUUAAUAUUCUAGAAGAAUAUAAGCACUCUGAAGUCAGUGACCAAUAUGCAACCAUUCAAUCAAUGAUUGAAUAUGAAUGUUGCAAUGGAAUCACUGCAGACACAAGCCGACCUUCUGGCUCUCGAACAUUGUUGAGACUCCAUCGAUCUUUGGAGUUUGUCAUGUCAUUUAUGAGCGACUUCAGUACUGCUGAUUCUACUGCUAAAAGCUCAACAAUAGCUCAAAAAUGCUACAAUGAGACAUUAUCAAAAUACCAUCCAUGGCUUAUUCGAAAAGGUGCUACCAUUGCAAUGUACACGCUUCCUGCUAGGCAGCAGUUUAUUGAACGAGUAUAUGGAGGCCCUUGUGAUGAUGCCACGAUUCAGUACUAUGGGAAAAUUAUGGGAGAUAUUGCAAGUGUUUGUAAAAAAAUUUAUGAUGAAACUCAUAAAUUGUUUGAAGCAAAUGAUCUUUUAAAUUUACCUUAACAGUGAUUAGUUUAGGCUUAAUUUUUUUAAAAAAAUAGUUUAUAAUGCAUUGAAGGAUUGAUAUUAUGAAUUUAUUUACUUCAGAAACCUUUUAUUGAAAUUUUUAAAGUUGCUGUCAUUGUUAUAGAUGUGCAUAAUAUGUUUUAUAAACAUAUGCAUUAAUUUUUUCAUGAUUGUUUUAUUGACUUUUCUCUUAAAAAGUAGUAAUUUUACUUAACUUGUUUCAUAUAAAUAUAA